AUGUCGCAGGAUCUGAACAACAUCGCCGAUGUGGUCAGGGUGUUCUUCCAUAUCAUCAAGCAGGUCUGCAAUUCACUAGAGAAGGUGCUGCUGUUUCUGAUCGAGGAGGUGCGCAUCCUGGAGGAAACGAAGGGCAUCAAUCUCCCCAACUUCCUGCUGAGAUCAGCGUUUCUGGUCCUGCUGAAGAAGAAGGUGGAGACCAUUGAUCAGGUCCCUCAGGACCUUGUGAACGGCGUCUGGGAGUACGUCGAGGAGCUGGUGAUGAAGGUUCUCCUGAAGCACUCCGACAACUUCCCGCAGAUGCAGUCGCCGUGCCGCCGCGCCGUGCAGACCCUGAUGGACAAGGCGCGGCUGCGGUAG